AUGGCUACUAGCACACUCUACAAGAUGAGAACUGUGGCUUUGAGGGAAAUGAAUGGUGGCCAUGAUGAGUCUUAUGCUUGGUUGCCCAAGUACUAUGAGGUGGUUAGGAGCACAAACCCUGGUUCCAUAGCCAACUGGUGUAGGAGCUUGGUUGGAGUGGAUGGAGCUCAUUUGAAGGGUAACUUCGGGGGAGUCUUGCUAUCUGUAGUUGCCAUUGAUGCCAAUAAUGAGCUUUUCCCUUUUGCUUGGGCCAUAGUCAAUGCUGAAGAUGAGGAGAGUUGGAGAUUCUUUGUUUGGCAUUUGAAGAGAGUACUGCAAUCUUGCAAAAGGGGUGAUGGGGAUGAGUGGUGCAUUAUAUCUGAUAGACAAAAGGGAAUUGAUGCUGCCGUUACUGCUUUAUGGCCUACAACAGGGAGGCGAUACUGUUGCAAACAUCUUGCUAAGAACUGGAAGGGUGCAUUCCCUGGGCCCCUCAUGUACGCACUUUUUUGGAAGGCUUGUAGUGCAACAAGUCCAUUUACCUUCAAGAAAGCCAUGGAACAAAUACAAAGGACUAAUCCCUUAGCUUUGGUGUGGUUGUCUAAAAUUGGAGAUCAAGCAAGGUGGUCUCGACACCAGUUUGAUCCCAAUAUAUGCUCUGAAGAGAACAAGACCAACUUCGUGGAGAGUUUUAAUGCUACUCUAGGAGUUGAUAGAGCAAGACCUGUAUUGACUUUGAGGGUGUGUAUGGUUAGAAUGUCUAAAAGAAGACAAGCUUGUGCCAAUUGGAACGACAAUGAACCUUGCCCUAACAUAGUUAGAAGAAUCCAGAAGUUUGUGUUAGACUCAAGAAUGUGCAAAGCAUAUGAGAGUGGUCCAGGGGAGUUUGAGAUCAGAGAUGGGAAGUCCAUGUUGCCAGUGAGUUUGAACAAGAGAACUUGCAUUUGUGGUUUGUGGCAAAUAUCAGGCUUGCCUUGUAAGCAUGCAAUAAGAGCAUUAUUAUAUGCUAAAGAAGAUCCAUACAUGUACACUAGCACCUGGUACUAUGGGGGAGUCUACAAGCAGACUUAUGGUCAGACCAUUAAGUCAAUUCCAGAUCAAGAUAAUUGGCCAGAGAUUGACCAGCCAAAGAUUUUGCCACCAACAUUGAGAAGGGGUGUAGAUAGGCCCCCAAGAAACAGGAGAAGGGAAAUUGGUGAGGAAGAAAAGGGAAAAAGGUCCACAACUAUUAGAUGCACCAACUGUCAUGAGUUUGGUCACAACAGGUUGACAUGCAAAGGAUGA